GACCCGGGCUAACGGAGGAGGAAAUCGGCGCACGGCUGAAGCCAGAGUCCCUCCGUGUUGGACCUCGCACUUGGAUACACCCCCACGCACACGGAGCCUAUUUUCCCGUGGAUAGCUUCAUUGGAAUGGCGACGCUGGGAACGGAGUCGGUUCGUCCCCAUUCCCAGCUCGGUGGAUCUCCGUCGUCCCAGACUAGCGGUAUGGGUGUGAUUAGUCAUAACCUGCCGCCUCCCAACCGAGCCUCGGAGCGGGCUCUGGAGGAGGCGGCCAGCGGCGGAGUGUUGAACCUCAGCUCCAGGAAACUCAAGGAGUUCCCGAGGACCGCCACCAACCACGACCUGACAGACACGGUGGAAGCAGACUUGUCUAAGAACCGCCUGGCAGAUGUGCCCUCAGAGAUCUGUCACCUGAUUGCCUUGGAGACGCUCAACCUGUACCACAACUGCAUCAGGACAAUCCCCGACAACAUCAUCAGUCUACAGGCCCUCACCUGUCUGAACCUGAGUCGUAACCAGCUGAGCGUGCUCCCAGCGUGUCUGAGCCGGCUGCCGCUGCGGGUUCUCAACGCCAGCAACAACAAACUGGUCAGCCUGCCAGACGCUAUCGCCCAGCUACACCACCUCAUGGAGCUGGACGUGAGCUGUAACGAGCUCAGCACCCUGCCCAGACACAUCGGCCGCCUGAAGGCCCUGAGAGAGCUCAACGUGCGGAGGAACCUGCUCUGUGUGCUCCCUGAAGACCUAUCAGAGCUCCCCCUGGUGAAGUUUGACCUGUCGUGUAACAAGGUGUCCACCAUCCCGUUGAGCUUCAGGAACAUGAAGCAUCUACAGACCCUCCGUCUAGACCACAACCCCCUGCAGAGCCCCCCUGCUCAGAUCUGUAUCAAGGGCAGAGUACACAUCUUUAAGUACCUCAGCAUGGAAGCGUGUCGCAGUGACAAGAUGCCCGACGCCCUCUUCCUGCCCGUCAUCGAGCGCCUCAGCCUAUCACAGCCCAGCACCGGCAGCUCGGAGGACGUUGACCAUCAUCGUAAACAGGACGCAGACUCCGGCGUCGGCAGCGACAACGGAGACAAGAGACUGUCCGCCACAGAGCCAUCAGAUGAAGAAAGUUUGAGUCUGACGGGAGCCAUGACGAACAUCACAGAGGAAGGAAUCAGCCAACAAGACUCUAGUGAACACCUUGACACACUCGCAGCGGACUCUGAUGCCGUCCAGCUCAUAGAGGAGAGCCCUACGGAAGCCCUGAGGGAACAGUUUGGAUACAGAGAUGCUGGGCUGACCGCCCGCUUCCUCAACUACAUCAAGGGCCGAACAGUGACAGACUUUGAUGAGCCGCUCAGGAUAGAAGAAGACACGAAUUGGCCAACUGCACAAACGUCAAAAGACGUAGGGGGGUCAGAGCUCCAUAUUGACAUGAUCAACCAGCUAAAGGAAGCUGUGGAGCUCCUACAAGACCCCAACCGAGGGUCUCUGGAGCAGGACGGAGUGUCUGGUGUUCAGCUUUACCCUGUAGAGAUGGUGAACGUGGACGACUCCCUCAAUGGACAAGAGAGUGAUGACGGCUCUGCUACACCCAAGGAGGGCGAGGUGGGCUCUCCGUCAUGUGAGAGAAUGCCGUUCUCCAGCCCCCCCUUUGGUCUGAAGCCUCGGUCAGCUCCGCCCUCGCUGCCCUGCUCGCCCCCUCCCUCCUGUUUCAACCCCCUACUCUCACAGGCCCCGCCCUCCCGUAGGGACACGCCUCGUAGCCAUGACGACGGAGGCAUGACCAACCGCGUGUUCCUGCGGAGCCACAAGAGUCUGGAGGCGGUGGACCCCCAGUUCACCAUGAGACGGAAGAUGGAGCAGCUUAGGGAGGAGCUGGAGCUGUUGGAGACCCUUAGAGACGGCAUUGAGGGCAGGCUGAAGGUGGCACUUCCUGAAGAUCUUGGCUCCUCCCUCAUGGAUGGCGUGGUGCUCUGCCACCUGGCCAAUCACAUCCGCCCACGCUCCGUGGCCAGCAUCCAUGUCCCAUCCCCUGCUGUGCCUAAGCUCAGCAUGGCUAAGUGUCGCCGGAACGUGGAGAACUUCCUGGAUGCCUGCAGGAAGAUAGGUGUUUCGGAGGACAGGCUGUGUCUCCCCCACCACAUCCUCGAGGAGAGGGGUCUUCUGAGGGUGUGUAACACCGUCCAGGCCCUGCUUGACCACAGUCCCGCCAAGCAGACCCUCCUCACAUGAUGCUGGGGGACCAGGAGCCAGUCACACAAAGAACCACGAGGAUUCAGAGCCAGUCCACCCCCAGCCCCCCUCCCAUCACCCCACAAGGCCCCGUCCCCCGGUGCGGAUACCGAAUAUCAUGGGAUAGCGUCCGGCCUGCUCUGGUCCCUCCUCCUACCAAAACACCAUUUCCCAUCUCUUACUUCCUGUGAGCUGUGUUUCGCCGGCUAACUGUCCCAGGAGCGGGAAUAAUAAGAAGGGGAGAAGAAGAAGAACAUUAAGACCGUCAAGGAGAAGGAAUGUGUUUUUUUCCGACGCAUCGUUUUGACAAAGCAAUACCCGAACAUGUACCAGACAUGUGUAUCCCUACAUCGGGGUCCCUCCCUCUCUCUCUCCCUCCCUCACAAUUUACAAUUUAUAAUUAGGGCAUUUAGCAGACGCUUUCAUCCAAAGCGACUUACAUCGUUUUAAUACACACAUUGACACACCGACGGCAGAGUCAACCAUGCAAGGCGACAGCCAGCUCGUCAGGAGCAGUUAGGGUUAAGUGUCUUGCUCAGGGACAAAACAACACUCAGCUAGGAGGAGCCGGGGAUCGAACUGACAACCUUUCGGUUACAAGACAAACUGCUCUACCUCCUGAGCUUAGCCGAACCCCUCACCCAUCCAAAGCCUCUGCAUCUUCAGCCACCGUUUCCCCACGCGGCCAAAAACCUCCAAGCUCUUUCUAGCACUACACAGCGUCAAGCAGCACCAGCGAUGCCCUCCCUGGACUGUCGCUGACGUGUGAUAGAUAGCGCCAAGUCCUGGCUGAUUCCCCACGUCAGCGGGACGCUUCGUGCACACAGACUCCCAGACCCCAUCGGCCCCGGAACAUGAGGAGCCUGUUCCCCUAGCAACCACCCCGGCCACCGACCACUUCCAUGUUUCAAAUCAGAGUUGGUCCCAACCAGUAGGAACAGUGGAAAUAGAGUGAACUAUAGUGACCAGUAGUGUUGAAAUGUGACAACACCGUCUGUCGUAGGCUGCAUGUAGUGUACAGGUAAGUGUGCUUUCUAAUGGCCAGUUCCAUGUACAUGGCAAACACAACGCUAGACAACGCACACAGUAACGCACCCAACAGGGCUCACUUGUACCUGGGUUCCACUUCUGUCUCUUCUUCAUCAUCUUAAAUGCACAUGUGGGAAAUUAGGAUGUUUUUUUUCAAAAAAUGAAAAGUUUCAUUUACAAACCUUCAGUCUAGCCUUGUGAGGCGGUGCCCAUGAGCUCCAUAAAGACUUUAAGAAUAUUAUAAUAUUGUUAAUAUAUAAUGUUUUCAAGGUGAACUGAGUGCUGCCCUUUUUUGUAGCCUCUGCUGACACUGCCGAACACAUGUAGCAUCCUGCGACCCCUGGCGGUUGAGUUAUGUAACGCACUGUAUUUACCAACCGUCUUCCUGCUAAAAAACCCUUUUCAGCUCUCAACUCUCCCACCGGGAGGAUAAAUACCAAAAGGUUUUUAAGUAUUUACAACUGCAGUUUUCAUUUUUUAUUAUUAAUUAAAAUGCUUUAUUUAUGAUACAAAACAUGCCAAGCUAAAUAUUUGGAUUGUAUACAUUUAAAAAGAAGAAAUAUCUUAAAUAUUUUUCUCUAAUAUAUUUUAGGUAAAGUUGUGUGUAUUUUAUAGUGUUUUACCAUAACCUUUGGGACUGUUAAAAUACUCCAACCCUAGUUGAUUGAUUAUUUCAUAGUGCCACUUUUUGGAUUCAUUUUUUUGGAUGCUUUUCAUUCAUAAGUGAAGGUGAUCUAAUCCGACCAUCGUAUCCGACAUCCAACAUUAAAUUUAUAUUAGGGUGUGUGUGUGUGUGUGUGUGUGUGUGUGUAUGCGUGCGUGCAUGUGUGUGAGCGAGCGUGUAUGUGUGUGCGCGUAUGUGUGUGUUGCCCACAAUAUUCUGGAACAGUUGCCAAAACAAAUGGAGUUUGUUGCAGCUCCUCUAGAACCAUGUUUCUCUAUCCAGGUUUAUUUUAUUAGUUUUUUUAUUUAAAGACCUCAAGUGCGACAGCUUAUAGGUUGGCAGUAAUCGUUUGUGGUAUUGCAGCAAUAUUACUGUGAUACCACCUUGUUUAACAUGCAGAAUAGUGUAAAGCACCCAGUCUGCCAAGUAGUUAAAAUGGUUUCAUCAUGUUUGUUCUACUGCUCAUGAAUAUUACGUUAACCUAGUAUUUGGCUUUAAAACUUCUAAGCAAUGACAUCACAUUUGAACCUGUGAUGUAAUCAAUAUAGCAUCAUUGAACCACUGGCCUUCAAUGGCUGACACACCUGAGACCUAAUGGAACCAAAGCAUCUGAGUUUAUUUAAAGAAGGGUUCAAGCUGUCCAUAGAUAUCAGACACGAUGUAUGAUGGAUUGACAUCUGUCUAUAUCAGAGACAUCCAACAUGCUCAGAAUCAGUACUAAGAUAUUACGCAUAGCAUUGGAAGACAUCUCCUGAUAUGAUUAAGUUAGAUAUUUUACCUUCGCUGUCUGUACAGUUCUGUUUAAAGACAUUAAACUCAUACGAGGCCAAACAAAAUAUUACCCUGCACUUUAAAUUGAACUAUUUAUAUUUGUUUUGGCAACAGAAUAUUUGAAUCAGAGAUGUGGGAUUUGGGCCAUUAGAACAGUGGUGAACGUGUGUAAAGGUGUUCUGUUGACGACGUGUUGUACAUAGUAUGGAACAAAAACACACUUUUCUACUUUUCUGACAUGGAGAAAAUGUAUUUUUCACUUGAUUUGUAACUUUUUUUUCUUGUUAACUUUCUAAGUAUUUUUUUUUUUACGUCUGUGUAUUUUGUACAGCAUCCCUCUUUCAUGUGCAUGAAGCAGCCCGUAAUCACCUGUAUAUACUGUACUGUUAUUGUCUUCAAUGUAUUAAAGACCUGCUGUAAUAAACCACCACCCACUUGCUUUGA